GGCAGUGAAGAAGAAGAGUCGGAACGUGGAUUGUAAACAACGUAACGAACUCUGCUGAAGUGAUUUGUUAAACAUAACCAGAGUCCAGGGGUUAUUUGUGUGCAUGUGCCGGUAGUUUUGAACAGAGUAACCUAAUGGCAUGCACUCCAUGACUUAUGAAGACGCGUGUGAACUUUGAACACAUUAAGUCGUUAAAUGUUGCAGACUCAUGGUUAUUCAUCAGAUUCUUCGUCAGUUUUCUCUUCUUUCGGUCUUUAAACAAAGAGAGAACGGCACACUUAUCGAGUUGCAUUUGAAUGAUCAAGACAACGUUUGAGUAAGCUAGGUCCAAUCAAGCAGGAGCAAGGAUAAGGGGAAGUUCGAGGAAAAUGCACCUGGUGAUCAGACGUUUCCGGCCUAGCGAUGGAGAUGCCAUCAGAGCUCUGUUUCGUGACGGGAUUGAGGAGCACAUCACCCCCACCUUCACCCACGCUAUGACGCGGCCCCUCUACGUGGGCCUCACCCUGCUGCUGUGUGUGGGGGGAUACCUGCUGGGGGGCUGGGUCCUCGCCGCCUGCGCUGCUGGGGCCUGGGUGGCGCUGGUGUAUUACUGCAGCUACGAGCUGUACGCGGGAUACGUCAAGGCCAGGCUCCGCACAGACAUGCAAGACAUCCAGCGGAGCUACCUCAGCGAUCCCGACAACAGCUUCUUCGUGGCGGAGGCCGAGGUGGACGGGCGGGCCGAGUGCAUGGGCAUGGUGGCGGUGGCGGGCAAAACGGACCCGGGUAGCGGACAGCGCUACGGCGAGCUGUUCCGAAUGAUCGUGUCGUCGGCGUGUCGUCGCGUGGGCCUCGGACGCCGGCUGGCCCAGACCGCCAUCGACUUCUGCAAGGAGCACGGCUGCUCCAAGGUUGUCCUGGAAACCAGCUCCACGCAGAGGGCUGCUGUGGCGCUGUACGAGAAGAUGGGCUUCACACUCACACACACUCACACCACCACAGAGUCACCGCAGUGGGUCACCUGGCUCACCAGGGUCAUUAUCCUGAGGAUGGAGAAGCCCCUGUAACCUCCUGACCAGCGAGCAGUGAACACUAGCCUUCCUCCGUGACUGG